GAAAAAUCUAGUCCUUAUUAAAACCCGCUUAAACCCGCCCGUUGACAGAAGCUAAACCAAACGAGCCUUUCACUUAUUGUGAGAGAGAAACUCCCUACAUUGAAGUCGAGCUAGGGUUUUUCUUCUUCACCGAAGGGUUUUCAGGGUUUCGGUUGAAGAUGUCGCGUGUCUAUGUUGGGAAUUUGGAUCCGCGAGUCACUGAGCGCGAGCUUGAAGAUGAAUUUCGCGUCUUUGGUGUUAUUAGAAGUGUAUGGGUUGCAAGGAGGCCUCCUGGCUAUGCAUUCAUAGAUUUUGAUGACCGUCGUGAUGCUCAAGAUGCGAUUCGAGAAAUUGAUGGUAAGAAUGGAUGGAGAGUUGAACUUUCUCACAACUCCCGAGGUGGUGGUGGUGGUGGACGUGGAGGGGGUCGUGGUCGGUCUGGGGGUUCUGACUUGAAGUGUUAUGAGUGUGGUGAGCCUGGUCAUUUUGCUCGUGAAUGCCGUACGCGUGGAGGUCCUGGAACUGGAAGACGCCGCAGUCGCAGCCCUCCUCCUCGAUACCGGAGGAGUCCUAGUUAUGGACGGAGGAGUUACAGUCCUCGUGGUCGAUCCCCUAGACGCAGGAGUCUCUCUCCCCGUGGACGCAGCUAUAGCAGAUCUCCGCCAUAUCGCGGACGAGAUGAGUUGGCUUAUGCUAAUGGAAAUGGUGUCAGGGACAGGCGCAGAAGCAGGAGUUAAAUCUAGCAGAAUUGGUACCUGACUCAAUGCAGAAGUCUUCCAUUUGUGUUUAGAAAUGCUUGGAAUUAGUAACAUCUCUGUAAUUGAGGUCAUGCCCUCAGCUUCUUCUCAUGCAUUUCAUUAAGUUCGUUUCUUUCAUGCUUCAGUUUUUAGUUGGCUCCAUUAUUGGCUUUUGCCUAACUCCCUAGAAAUAGUUUAUCAUAGAUAUAUAUGGAUAUGGAUGCUAUGUUUGCUAUAUUUUGUGGAAGCCUGGGAUUUAAAGAAGUGCUAAAUAUUUAUGCUUUUGUUUUGUGUGGAGGUGUCUACGUGGUUCUGCUUCAUUGGUUUUCUGCUUCUACACUCCCCCUGUUGGUUUCGUUCUUCACUGUCCUGCUGGGGGAUCUUCCAAUUUGAAUGAUUGUGGAUUGGAUCCCUCCUGGCUGCGUCACUAGAUGCGUCUGUUUGAUUGAUUCUGCGGCUAUGUCACUUCACCUCUCUAGCUUCUGUUUCAUUCAUUCUGCGGCUAUGACACCUCGCUUCUGUAGCUUCUGUUUCAUUCAUUCUGCGGCUAUGACGCCUCAUCCCAAAUCUUAGCGGUAGAUCUUUAGAUACAAUAUUGAAGAGCGGCAACAAAUACAGGUAAUUUGUUGUAUAGUUGGGUUUGCUAAUCAUUCUGAAGCCACGUGAAAAAUUUUAUUGACAACAUAAUUUUGUUUGCUAUAAUUUGAAUGCCCACAUAAAAGAUCCAUCCUGCCAUACAAAUAGCCCAAAAGAGUUCUCUCAAAUUUGCACCGUCUAUUGUAGUAUUCUUGUUUACUUUCUGGUUUGAGUACCCUUGUUUUCUAGGCAAAAAUUAUCUAGCAUCCUACACCUUUUAGCCCCUUUUCCAACAAAAAUGAAGCACUGGAGGAACUAAGGAUCCGAGGCUCAAUAAUGAGAAAUUCGUUGGGAUAGCUUUUGCCUAAAAGAUAUUGUUGAUCUUGCUUGAUCUUUGAUCAUUGUUCUUGCUUCCAUUCACAGGAUUUUACCCCCCGUUGUUUGUGUUUUUGGUCAUUUUUGGGAACUAUAUUUAUCCAUGUUCGCUAUUGUUCUUUGAUGAAUCUUGUUUGGGUGAAAUUUAAAUGGUCUGUUGGAGGUUAAAAGGAAAGGGUCUGAAAUAUAAAGUAUCAUCGUCGCUUCAUUUAUACCCCAGCAGAAUUACGUAUGCACCUAUACCAAGAUCUCAAUGAGUUAUUGAGAUUGUCUUCUAGCAUGUAGGCUUUUUUAAUACUAUUAUUAUUAUGUGUGGUUGACUUUUAAAUGGCACCAUAGCUAGUAGCUGUAUACUGGCUUUGUUCUCCUGUCGUGGGGAGUGUAUCGCUGAGCUAUUAUGUAACAACUGUAAAUAUUUUAUGCUGGCUUUUUUUAGUUCUGAGCAUAAUUGUUUUUAUUUUAUCUAUAUGGUGUUUCUUGCUUUUGUCAUCUGAUCUCAGAUCUUCAAAUGAAUGGAAUAAGAACACAUGAGAGACACUGUAUUAUCCAAAAAGAAGGAAAAAGACUUGAUAUUGCAUGAUCCAGUGUAUUUUCCCUUUACACUUGAAAGUUUAUUCUGUAUGACGUGCUAUUGUAGUUUUUGGAUGGACCUUUCCUUUUAAGGUUUCCGAGAUGCCUUACUCGGAAUAUAACGUGUAUUCGACUCAUAUGCUCCGAACCUGUUGAAUUCGAGUCCACUCUGCUUGAUCCUCCUAUUUAUUACUCCCCUUUGGAAAAAAUAGUUCAUGUUUUGUUUUGAGCUUUGUUAAUAUUGCGUAACAAGUAUAGAACUUUACAAUGGCUCAAUUUUGUUUCAAUGUAAGUUGAACUUCACUCACUUCUGACGGGACGAAAAAUUGACUUCGUUAAUAUUGUAACGGACGGUUCAACUCAAACUUUACUCACUUCUGAUGGACUGAAAAUUGACCUUUUUCUUGGAUGUAAGAGAUUACAAAGGGAGUAAAUGCUUCGAAGUUAUACAGUUAAAAACCAACCGAGAAUUUUUGCGUAAGAACCAAGCUUUUACACAGGGUGUUCCAUGAAAUUGAAUAUGGUGGGUUUAAGGUGUUUAUCCA